UGUGAUUUCCUAACCUCGAUUGUAAGUCGAGACCGUCGAGGUUGUACUUCCGACGUUUAAAAUUGUAUUCAAUUGAAAGAAUCUUCCAUUAACUGAGAACAACAUAAUUAUGAGGUUUUGCAAAUUUCUGGAAUUGAAAUUAUAAUCUGCUAUCACGUUGACGUUGACAUUGUCGAGGAGCGCACGUUGAGGAGAACGAUGGAGAGCACUCAGUCGCUGUACAUCAGCCUCUUCAGCGAGGAAAAGAGCGACGUUUUGAAGGAGUUGUUGCAUGCGUGUGUCGACGAGAUCUGCGGCCGCCCGGGUCCGUCGUACCGCAAAUUCGCCAACAGCAUGGAUUGGAGCAAGGCGGAGUACGAAGGUGUUUACAAGCUGAUAUCGUCGUUGCUUCGAAAUCCCGCAUCUCUUUACUUGGUGGAGGAAAAGAUGCCACAAGAAUACCAAGAGUUACCCGAGCAAGUGCAACAGAAUAUUCUUACUUGCUUAAAAGUGCGCAGGGAACAACUGACAGAUGCUUUACUGAGGGAACAUUAUAAAGGGAAAUUACCAACAGUAAUCGAUCACGAUUGGAGAUUGAAGUUGGUAAUGGGUUCGAGCAAGAUGGCUUCAUUAAGGGAAUCUCUACUUCAGUUAGAUCUCAUAGUAGAAGAUAAGGAAUCUCAACGUAUUAUAAAUUUGGAACUGAAUAAAGACGAGCUAGAUACAGUAAUAAACAGUUUAGAAAGGCUAAUGUAGGACGUUUUGAUAUUUUUAUAAUAAAAAAACGAAAUAAUUUGUACAUAUAUCCUAUAUAUUAAUGUAUAUCAAGUUGUGGUAUCACGUGCAGGACAGACUCCAUGGUGAAAUAAAUUACUCGUCCCUGGUA